AGCUACUUCGUUUUUUUUAAAUAUGUUCCAAAGGCUAAGGAAUCUCCUUUAAAAGGAUACAAAUAAGGAUCGACAUCCAAGCCAAAUGCAAGAAUAUGGUGGCGGCACGUCAACCAAAUCCGGUGAAUACCGCGACGGAGCAGCCGAGGGAAACCGAGAUCGAGGGGUGCAGCACCAGACCGAUGCGUACCCACCUUCGCAUCAGUACUCUAUGAUGCAGCAAAAAGGAUAUGGUUGUUCCAGCAAAGACCUGUCUGAAUCAAAUAUGGCAACAUACUGCAGGGUCGCGACUGGAAUUUACGAAGCAACUACUUCAAAUCAGCAGUAUCAGAACACACGAUAUAACCAAUCAGCUCCUACGUUUAGUUCUCCUCCAAAUUCUCCUUUAGUGGGCCUUGUUUUCGAUCCAUCUUCACCAAAUUACAGCGGUCCUGGUGCACCAGGUGACAGACCUUUGAAUGCUGACAGACGCUCUCAAAGCUCUUGGUCUGUCUCUAAUCAAGAACCAAUAGGUACUGGAGCUAAAAAGAAGAUUGUUAAAGGUCAGGAAAAACGUACUGCAUUUAGUGUUGACUCACGUUACCAUGAGAGAUACAAAGAAUCCAGCUUAGAUAUUGAUCGUCAAAGAAAUCAAGAUAGAAACUUAACUUCAGAGUCUACUUCGAGUCUCGACUUUUUUGUUGAAGGUGAAAGAAUGGUGUCUGAACUUUGUAACAUUCCAGAUUCGUCUGCAAAAACUGACUGUAGUCAAAAGCAAAACUACAAACAAGUAAGUGACGAGGAUAAAAACAAACCUUCAGGAUCCUCGGAUAUAUUACUAACAGCUUUAGACAAAAUCGUCAUACAUGAUCAGAUACCUAAUCAAAUAGUUCAAUUAGCCAUAGAAGCCUGUACAGAUGCUGAAAAUAUUGCAAUUGCUCAUCAUAAUAGACCAUGUUUCAAAAACAUACAUUCGAUUUGUGCUAAAACAAGAUCUAAUGUUCAAAAACCUGACAGUGCUGUUGCCAAUCUGCAUUCUCAAGGUAUACCUUGGGUUAUAAAGAACUUUAUUUUUUCGUUUGUCAGAAUUUUAGAUGGUUGGAAAGGAGUAAAAGAACUGCUUAGUGAAAAACACGAUACUUUUUCUAGAAUCGAAAAUAAAUAUUACAGCCCAAAUAUAAGAGAAUGUUUUGUACAAUGGCAAGCAGUAACAAAAGAGAUGUUGACUCAUAUUUAUAAAACUUUCAAGUGCCUCGAUCACGGUUUUACCAUGGAGCAAAAAAGCUUUACACAUAACUAUUAUGCCACGAACUCAGCCGCACCUCGACAUCAAAAUCAAAAUAAAUUUCAUGCCGUCAAGCCACACGUAAGUACUCCAAGACCUGUAAAUAUCUCACCACAACCUUUCAACGUUGUACAACCUCCAUGGGUACAAAACCAAAACCAAGUAACUACUCAAAACUAUAAUGAAGCUCCAUGGCCAUCAAGAUCUGGAGUAUCUUUUAAAAAAUUUCCUGUUGUACCCCCUCCAAAUUCACAUAAUUUUUAUCCUUUAAAUGAUCAAUGUAACAUAGAUAGUUACCAAAAACCGCAUUAUAAAUGUGACCCAUGCAGUAUACGUGAAACAAAAGCUCGUCAGUCUUGGACUAUUACUAAUAUAUCGGACAUUCGAGCACUAGAGAACAUGUGUCAUGCAGAUCAAAAAGAAUUAUAUAAUCAAUUAAAACAUAAAAUGGACGCAGAACUUGGUAAGGCUCCAGGUCAAUCUGUGAUAGGAAAUACACCAUGUGAUAUACUACAACGGAGGGAGAUGGAGUUAAAAGCAAAAAUGAUUCCUUUGAGUCAUGUGGAGAAAACAUUGAUACCGAGCAUGGCAACAGCACCUGAUAUGCGAGCAUGUUUUGUACAAAAAAAUAAUAGCUGCGGCGAUACUAAAGAAGAGAAUGAUUUUUUUGCGGCGUGGGGUCAGAUGGUCCAAAAAGAACCUAACGAUUUUAUAACUCAUCACACUCACAGCAUGCCGAUUGCAUCGAAUGUUGUGACGUUUGCAAAUAAUAUCUCUGGCCCCGUGCAAUUUAUUGAUCCUGAAAAUGAUGAGUUUCACGAGAUGUCUAAAGUUUAUAUGAAACCUGGUAGCUACAAAGUGCCUAUAAAGCCAUCUGAUUCUUUUGUACCAGGUGCUUCUCCAGAAAUAAUAUUUGACAAUUCUGUUAUUGAUGAUGUAACAAGUUUAAAAUUGAAUGUCCCAUUUCCCUCCGUAUCUCUAGCACCUCAGCCUAAAUACAAUCUCGAAUCUUGGCCCUGUAUGAUGCCAAGACGUACUGAAGACAUAUUGGGUGAAGAUCAAAAAAUUAUACACCGAUUUGGAAUUCCGGGAGCAGGUAUUCGAGACCCAUUAGAUUUUUUGAAUUCCAUGACUUCCGACCGUGCUUGGGAAGCUGCAAAACAGUCAGCUCCAAGAUUGAUGGAUUUUAUACAUGAAGGUUCGAAAUCAGAUUCUGCUAGAUUAUAUGAUGCUUUAGGUUUGGGUAUUGGGUAUACAGGCGAUUUCCCUGAUGACAUCAAUCAAGUUAAACUAAUUAUGGAGCAAUCUGACGCUUGGGUUAGUGGUAUAUCCUCAAAUAUUUAUAUGCCAAAAGAUAUCUCUAAUUUAUGGAAUCAAGAAGUAAUAACAAAACAAGAUUAUACAUCAACAACAGAUCAAGAUUUACCUACAUUUACCGAAGAUAUUUCUAAACUGCUCGAUCCUGAUCCUAAGCCAAUUGAAAAUGACGAACAGGUAGAAGAAUCCAACAAGACUAUAGAAGCAAAGAAUAAUAUGCGAUAUCUUAAUUUUGAUCAAACGGGAAAUUACGUUAGAGACGAUAUUCAGAAAAAAUCAAACAAGUCAAAACUUACUGUACCAGGUACGUGGUAUCAUCCAAAGAAAAAAAAACCUUUACCAACAAGUACAGUCAAGAAAUUUGAGGCAAUAUUAAGUAAUUUAUCAAAAACCAAUGAGGCUACUUUUAUUCAACACGACAUGGACUUAAAACUUGCUCCGAGAUUUUAUGAAGUUGUAAAAUAUCCUAUGUGUCUUCACGAUAUUACAACCAAACUGCAGAAUUCUUCCUAUACUGAAUAUGAACAAGUAGUCCAAGACUUUAGGCGUAUUUUCAACAAUGUUCGUCUGUAUUUAAAGAGCUAUCCAGACUCGACAAUGAAGAAAAAUAUAAACAAAAUAUCAAACGAUUUUGAGAAAUUGUUACAUGAAGAAUUUCAGAAUAAAUGGGAGCACAAACACAAAUCCGUAGACAAUACAGAACAACAUGGUGCAACAAACAAGAAGGAUGACAAAAAUAUUGGCACAAAGACUACAGAAACCAAGAACGACCGUAUUAAUAAGAAAAAUGAUCUACUUAGCAAUGGAGAUGAUAAAAAGUAGCUCGUUAAAUUUUUCGGUAAAUUUACAAGCACCAAUUCUAGAUAGGGAGAUAUUUAAUAAUAAGUAGCUAGACAUGAACCACGCUUGAGUUUUUGGAAGUUUAUUUUUUACGUACUCUCUUUAUUUCUUUUUUAUUUUUCCUCUAAUAAUUUUGACAAUCUAUUAAAAUGAUUUAAUGAAAUCAAUUGUUUGCAACGAUAUAGCAUAUUGACUGAUUAAAAUUCAAUUAAAAAACCUUCUAGUCAAGCAGUGAAAUAUCCUUUAAACAAAUGUCAGUGAACUUACCAGAACUAAUGCAUAAGAUUAUUAACUUAAUGUGUAAGUGCUUGCCAAUGUUUUGGAAUGGACUUUUUUCCUACUUAAAUGGGGCAAAUAUGAUUUUUCUCUAUAUUAAUUCACAUAUUCUUUUCUUAUUUUCAUAUAGAUUAUAAUUUAAUUUUCUUCUUCAUUUAUUCAUUUCUAAUAAGCCGCGUUGAUUUUGUAUGCAGAAAAACAAUUUUGUGUUUUGAUGCGAUGUCAAAUGAGUUACUUUUUCUUUGACCCUCUAGGUUAAUGGACGGCAUUUGUAUUCGAAUAUACAUCAAAGCCAUUUUCUUUUUAUAAUUAUAGUAUUACCAAAACUCACUACCAGAGAUUGCUUUAUCAAUUAUUUUUUAUGCAUCUAUCUGUGAUUCUAUGUUUAGGCAAAAGUUGAUAAUUGGAAUCGUUUUCACGCUUAAUUAAUUAUUAUAUAAUUCACAUGAAUUAGUUAAUAUGUAUAUAGACAAAAAUAAGCUGUAACAUAUAAUAUGAAAACAUUUAAGUUCUCGAAUAGUUCACAAGUUGUAAAACACAAUCAAAACAGUAAUCUUAGUUUAACAUUAUCUCAUGAGAAGUUUGAAGUGAUGGUGGAUUCUAACUAAAUGUCACCUGGACCACAAUUAUUUUGUUUAUGAAAAUAAAGACAAUAUUAAUAUUAAACUUCUCGUGACCAUCGUUUACAUUUUGCAUCGUAGACUUUAUAAAUAGCACGUACAAUUUUAUUUUUAUCAUUUGUUCAUUUGGUGUUUCAUGUUAUUUAAUAUUUUUUAAUUAAUUUUUGAGUCCGUUUUACCUGCCAUAGAGAAUAAGUGAAUCGCUUCCGACGUCUGUUUCGAUUCUUAUUUCGGCGAGUGUUCUUUGAGAGUUGUGAAAAUUUCUAAAUUUCAAAUUGCCUUUAUGACGUUCGAUUUAAUUUUAAGUAUUCAUUAAGUUGUGAUUUUAUUAUUUAACUUAUUUACCUAAAAUUAUGGCAAGGAACUCCUACGAUAAUAAAAGAGUUGUUUCGUA